CAUCCUCCUCACUCCCACCGCGCGCAUGUCUCCGUCGGCAUCCGCCGCCGACGCGGACUCGCCACCGCCGGACGUGCCCGCUGAGGCGGUCGCGGAUGUCAGCGACGGCGACGCAGCCACGACGGCAGCUGAGCCCUCAGCGGCGCCUGCGCCUGCCCGCCGGGCUGGCCGCCUGGCGCCGGUGCGCAGCCUGCCGAACAAGAGUCACAAGUUCGUCGUCAUCGAGUAUCCGGGCGUCGUGGGCGCUCCUGCGGCACCUUCAAUGCCGAACGAGUCGCAGCAACAGCAGCAGCAGGCCUCCUCUGGCUCCUCCACUCCCUCUGUCCCGGCGCGUACCCAGGCACACGCACGCUCUGCUGCGCCGCAUCACACGCUCGCCAUCAACACCACCACGGACCUCUCGCACAACCCUGCGCUAGCGCGUGCGCUACAGACGCUCGAUCCGCGUCCGCCUGCGCUGGCAUCGCCCGCUGGCGCUCUGGCACACCUGCACCAGCAUCUCGGCAUGUCCGACGCCGUAAUUGAAUGCCGCAUCGGCUCUGCCAGUGCGGCGGCGGGCAGCAGUAGCGGCGCGGGCAGCAACGGCCAAGCUGCUUCCUCCAGUAACGCACAGCUCGCCUCGACUGAGCUCUUUCGGCAUCCUCUGCACGGCCACAUCGUUGGCACCAACGACGGCGUGCUACGUCUACGCACGCGUGUCUGGCGGCGUCGUCGUCGCGCCGCCGCGCCGACGGAUGCGCAGGGCGACAGCGCCAUGUCGGCGACGACGGACAAGGACGAGGUGCAGGUGCGGCAUGAGCAUACGGCAGAGAUCCUCGGUCUUGCGCGACACACGCUGCGCUUCCGCCAGCUGGCAGACUUUGCCUUUGAGCCUGCGAUCGCCUCGCCGCCGCAGCAGUCGGGCGAGGAAGCAGCGCAAGACGAAGGGCGAACCUCGGUAGCGGCCACCGACAUCCAUGAACAGACGAUGCUGCUCAUGUCUGCGCUGCAGCGGAUGGACGUAGCAGCCAUGAGCAACUUCCGCUUCAUGCCCGAGAGCGAGAGCUGGGGCAACAAGGACUUCAUGGUCACGCCGCCUGCGUUUUCCAUCACGACUGUGGCGCGCAAGUACGGCUUCCGGCAGAACCCAGCGUCGAGACUGCAGCAGCAACCCGAUGGCACAUCACGCUACGUCAAUGCCAAUCGCUGGCGAGGUCUGGCGCCACCGAACUACAGCAUGAAGAGCACCAAGCCGGUGCCGGACGCGCCACUUGCACACAUUGAAGCCGAGCGCGAGAAGUCAGACGCUGCAGUGCUCAAGGCGCUCGAGAAGUGCUUCGAAGAGCGUCCCGUCUGGACGCGUGGCUCGCUCUUCAACACGCUGAAGCCGGCGGAGCGCAAGAUGGUGGGCCUCCACAAGCAAUACCUGCCGCUCGUCUGCUACACGACGAAGGACGGCCCAUGGCGCGACUGCCUGAUUCGCUACGGCUUCGACCCGCGUGCCGACCGCAGCUCGCGCUUCUACCAGCGUUUCGUCUUCAUGAACCGAAAGGCCGACGAGCUGCCGAAGGGACGCGUCAAGAUCGGCGGCGAUGGCCGCAACCUGCAUCGCGGCGUCGAGAGUAUGGCACGUGAGGACGAUGAGGAGGGCAGAGGGAGCGCUGAGCCGGAAGACGCUGCAGCGGAUGACGAUGCCGAGGCGCAAGACGCUCAGCAGGGCGCCGCCGUGGAAGAUGAACAUCCCCGUAGCCACAUCUUCAACGGAGUCUCGCUCGAGGCCAACUCGGGCCGCUUCAUGCUGUGCGACAUCACCGACCCGAUCGCACGGCCGCUGAUCGAAGCCGAGGGCCCCGAGAACCUGCGCGAGACUUUCGACAUGGAGACGGGCUUUUACACGAAGCGCGCAUACGACUGCAUCAAGCAGGUCCUCAGCAUUCGCUUCCACGCCGUGCUGAAGGGCGGCGAGGCGACGCAGAAGGAGUGCGACAAGGCUGUGGCACUCAUCGUCGGCGGCGGCGGAGGCGACAGGUCGGCAUCUGCGGCAGGCGCAGCCGGAGAAGAGGGCUUCUUCGGCGGUGAUGCAGCGCCGCCUUCGGACGAGGAGGAACGCCUGCCGGCGAAGCGAGGGAGAGGAGGCGCGCGGGGCAGAGCUAGGGGAUCGACGAGAGGCCGAGGCCGAGGCGCAGCCUCGAGCAGCACGCGCGGCGGCGCUCGCGGCGGGCGUGGACGCGGCUCGCGCGCGACGUAGCGAAGGGCAGACGACACCAUUGAUAGCACUUGUACAACACCCUCACACAUCCAGAACAACACAAGUCACCU